AUGGCACCUCCAGGAGAGCACUAUUCUUUGGAUGACUUUGUCAAAUUGGACAAAAUUGGCGAAGGUACAUAUGGUGUAGUGUACAAGGGAAAACACAAGAAAACCAACAAACUUGUUGCGAUGAAAAAAAUUCGUCUUGAAGGCGAGGAUGAGGGUGUCCCAUCGACCGCUAUCCGUGAGAUAUCGCUGCUGAAGGAGCUAACCCAUCCGAAUGUAGUGGCCUUGGAAGAUGUCAUCAUGCAGGAAAACCGUCUUUAUCUGAUUUUCGAGUUCCUUUCGAUGGAUCUGAAAAGAUAUUUGGAUCAACUGCCCGCAGACAAACGACUUCCUCCUGCAGAAUGUAAAAGCUACAUGUUCCAGAUCUGCCAGGCUACCUGUUUUGCUCAUCAGCGUCGGGUGAUUCAUCGUGAUUUGAAACCACAAAAUCUUCUGGUUGAUGGAAAGGGUGCCAUAAAGCUGGCCGAUUUUGGUUUGGCUCGAGCUAUUGGAAUUCCUGUGCGAGUUUACACUCAUGAGGUUGUUACCCUGUGGUACCGUGCUCCGGAGAUUUUGCUUGGAACACAGCGCUAUUCCAUGGGUGUUGAUAUAUGGUCUAUUGGAUGCAUAUUUGCCGAAAUGGCCAGCAAGAAGCCGCUGUUCCAAGGAGAUUCUGAAAUUGACGAGUUGUUCCGUCUGUUCAGAAUUCUUGGCACUCCCACCGAAGCAGAAUGGCCAGGCGUUAGCCAGCUUCCAGACUACAAACCAACCUUCCCUAAAUGGAAAGGCAGUUCUUUGGCAGAGAAGAUGGCAAACUACAUGGAUCAUGACGCUAUUGACUUGCUCGAAGCAAUGCUCGUGUACGAUCCUGCCCGUCGCAUCUCAUCUCGAAAGGCACUUCAUCAUCCAUAUUUUGAUGAUGUGGACACUUCCAAAGUCCCAGCAGGAGCAUAUCGUGGCGAACUACAACUGAACUGA